AACCGUCAAAGCGGCAUAUGCAAUCACGCUGGCUAGCCACAGACUUGUAUCCUUUUAGAAGCUAUGUCAAGGUUAACUAACAAGUGUCAUUGUCUUUAUUUACUUAGCUUGAGCUCCACAUGGAAAUGUCACCAACAAGCCUCCAGACUGUCAACAAUGAGAAGUGGACUUGAAUCAGUAUGUGGUGGCAGAUUUAGGAGUAUUUCUUCAGCACAGACAGUCACAAGGACCUAUGGAUGUGGAGGACAUUCACAGUGGUUUGAUUGGAUUCUGAAGAGAAGGGAACUCCAUUUAAGCACACCGCUUGGAGAAGAAAAGGCAUUUCAGUUCAGAGAUCUAACAGAGAAAGAAUAUGAGAGACUAGCAGAUGAGACGCUGGAUGCAUUGGCAGAGUAUUUGGAAGACCUCACAGAUGAGAGCUUCACUGGAAUGGACUAUGACGUUGUCUUCUCUAAUGGGGUGCUGACAGUGAAAGUGGGCUCUGACCAUGGUACAUACGUUAUCAACAAACAGACACCCAACCGACAGAUUUGGCUCUCCUCACCGACAAGCGGGCCGAAACGCUACGAUUGGACGGGGGAGCGAUGGGUGUACGCUCAUGACGGCGUGGCAUUGCAUAAUCUGCUCUCCAAAGAGUUGUCCGUCAUCUUCAAAUUAAAUAUAGACCUGUCACAUCUCAUCCGUUCAUGAUGAGACCGAUGUGAAGAGCAGACACUGUUAUAGAUCCUUUCCACACCAGUUCUCUUGUGACUCUCAUGAUCUUUUUGGUAAAACCUUAAAACUGUAGCUAGUGCUCAAAAAGACCUUCUGGAUUACAAUAUUGUAAUGGUUUAUGCUUCUUUUUGCAUGCAGACCUACAAAUUCAGCCAAGCUGAAUCAGUCAAGCAGCACAAGCUGACCUCGGAUGCACUGUAGAGAUGAUUUAUUUGUCUACAUCAAACCUGUAUGCAAUUAUAAGCUUAAAAUGCACUCAGAACAGCAGAACUCUCAUAAUCCCUGUAAACCUGUACCUGGUUAGAUUAAAACCAGAUUAAUGAGAUCACAUUUAAUGGCUCUUAAACCAGUUGAAUAAGACAAAUGGACACAGAUUGUUUUGGGAGGCUGUGUUUAUCUGCUCGCCUGGCCCUCGUUGAACUAGGGGCUUCUGGCUAGAUGCAGGA